CGAUGUUGGAGAUGUAAAAAAAAAAAAAAAACAGGAGGAGGAAGAAAACCACACACUACCCGGGGUAGCUAUGGAGAUGGAGCCUUUUCCUGGCCGCUUUCUUUGACAGGCGUCGAGUAGGGGCUUAAAAAUCUUUCAAAAACGGAGUCCAACAUGUACGCCAAAGGGAAAGGAGCCGUGGUGCCGUCCGAUAGCCAAGCGCGAGAGAAGUUGGCUUUAUACGUGUAUGAAUACCUGCUACAUGUUGGUGCUCAGAAAUCUGCACAGACCUUCUUGUCUGAGAUCCGGUGGGAGAAGAACAUUACGCUAGGAGAGCCCCCAGGAUUCCUGCAUUCGUGGUGGUGCGUGUUCUGGGAUCUGUACUGCGCCGCCCCGGACAGACGCGAGACCUGCGAGCAUUCCAGCGAGGCCAAGGCCUUCCAUGAUUACAGUGCAGCAGCGGCGCCCAGCCCUGUAAUGGGGAACAUGCCCCCUAAUGAUGGCAUGCCUGGUGGACCCAUGCCCCCUGGCUUCUUUCAGGGCCCUCCCGGGUCGCAGCCGUCUCCCCACGCACAGCCUCCCCCACACAACCCCAGCAACCCCAUGAUGGGACCCCACGGCCAGCCUUUCAUGUCUCCGCGGUACCCGGGUGGACCUCGGCCGUCCCUCCGCAUGCCAAACCAGCCUCCUGUCGGGGUUCCUGGGUCACAGCCACUCUUGCCAAACAAUCUGGACCCCACCAGACCGCAAGGACACCCCAGCAUGGGCGGCCCAAUGAGGAUGAAUCCGCCUAGAGGGAUGGGCAGCAUGGGUCCACAGAACUAUGGUGCAAUGAGGCCACCUCCGAACUCUCUGGGUGGGCCAGGCAUGCCAGGAAUGAACAUGGGUCCAGGAGGACGGGGUCCCUGGCCGAAUCCCAACACUAACUCGAUAGCGUACUCCUCUUCAUCUCCGGGCAACUAUGUGGGUCCUCCAGGGGGAGGCGGUCCUCCAGGAACUCCCAUCAUGCCAAGUCCAGGAGAUUCAACGAACUCGAGCGAAAACAUUUACACAAUGAUGAACCCCAUCGGCCCUGGAGGCAACAGACCCAACUUCCCGAUGGGCCCGGGCCCUGACGGUCCGAUGGGAGGAAUGGGCUCCAUGGAGCCUCAUCAUAUGAACGGAUCAUUAGGGUCCGGUGACAUGGAUGGGUUGCCAAAGAACUCACCCAGCAACAUGGCAGGCAUGAAUAACCCGCCGGGCACACCGCGAGACGAUGGCGAGAUGGGCGGCAACUUCCUAAACCCGUUCCAAAGCGAAAGUUAUUCACCCAACAUGACGAUGAGCGUGUGAUUUUAUUUUUUCCUUUAUAUUUUUCUUUUUCCUCCCGUCCUCUCUCUUCCUCUCCCCUCUCUCUUUUUUUUAUUAUAAUAAUAAUAAUAAUAAUAAUAAUUAUUAUUAUUAUUGUUUAUUUUCCUUACCCCGCACUCUUUUUGACACCACACCACACCCCAGACAUGCCUCACGGAGCUUUGGGCCGUGCCGGGCCGUGCAGCCUCGCGGGACUUGCGCCAAAAUGGCCGCCGGCGACAGGAAGCAGCCCCCCGAGCCACAGGAAGAGCCUGCUGACUGUCUUGCUCUGCCUUCCUCUCUGGCUCAGGACAUUUGAAAGCAGGGGCUUUAAGAAGACACACAGAUGGACUGGACAGUACAGGAACGCGCGUCCUUGGCUCAGCUCUUUUUAACUCCAUCAUCAUCAUCAUCAUCAUCAUCUCUUCUAAGUGUUUUUUUUUUUUUUUUUUCCCCUUACUCCUUAUUAUUGUGCUAGAUUUCACUCUGGGACACGUGAUCCCUUUUUUUUUUUUUUUUCCCCCCCUCCCCUCCAUUUUAACGUGUACAUUUUUAAACACUCAUGAAGAUGUGACGGGCUAUGAACGUUCCCAUUAUUUCUGUGUAUGUAUUGUAUUAUUAAUAAUUAUUGUUCUUUUUUUUUGUAUUAAUAUUGUAAUGAUUGAUUGAGUUUUUUUUUUUUCUCCGAAGGGCACAUGUAUCUCAGUAACCAUCAAAUCGUCAGAGUAAGCACAUAUUCACCAUACCCAGUGGAAACUUUGAUUUAUUAUUAUUAUUAUUAUUAUUAUUAUUAUUAUUUUGUGAAUUAGUCUGUUUUUUAUUUUAAUGUUUUUUCGGGAAAUUUUGAGCUUGGGAUUAUUAUUAUUAUUAUUUUAUUUUAUUAUUAUUAUUUUUUUCUUCCUCAUGGCUUUUGCGUGACGUUUUUAUUCCCCUUUACACAAUGUAGCCAUUUGACCCAAAGCUCCACAACCAGGCGUAGAGCGUUUAUAUUAGUAAACUUCACUCCAUGAUUGAGCUCUUUGCUGUUGCUGUGUUAUUAUGCUCUCUGUCCAGCAAGUACAGUUCGAAAGCCAACAGCGUUUUGUGCCGCAUGUCAUCAUUUCACUCGUCGGUGAAGACGGGGGGGGGGGGACAAGAAUCAUUUCCUCUUGUAGUCGAAAAACCCUGUUUUUUUCUGUUUUAAAUUGUGGUACUAAAUAUUCUCAGCUUG